CCGGAAGCUGUCACGACAGUGUGCUGUUGCUAUGGAUGUGGGCUAGCCGCUUGCUAUGACAGUUGGUAUUUGGUAAAGAUUUAUGUGAUGGUAGAGCUGUAUGAUCAUCCCGACAUAGCGAUCAGCCUGUUGCUUUAAAACAUACAGUACUAUUGUCAAGAUGUCUGUGGAGCUGGAUGUAUUUGUUGGAAACACCACUAUUAUGGACAAAGAGGUGUAUCAACUGUGGUUAAAUGGUUAUACAGUAAAUGAUGCUGUGAAAGUACGGAUAGAUGGUGGCAUUAUGGAGGAGUGUGAGGCAAGUGUAGAAGAUCUGCUCAGUGACACUAUGGAUCAGUACAGGACCUUCCAGAUGUGCGAGAGACUUUUACAUCACCCAUCCAAACUAGCCAAUCAGAUUCUAUUCCAGAUACCUCCAGACCGACAAGCAAUGCUUAUUGAAAGGUAUUAUGCUUUUGAUGAUGCAUUUGUUCGAGAGGUCCUGGGAAAGAAGCUGUCCAAAGGAACCAAGAAAGAUCUUGAUGAUGUCAGUGCAAAGACAAACAUUUCACUGAAGAGCUGCAGGAGACAGUUUGAUAACUUCAAACGGGUUUUCAAAGUAGUGGAAGAGCUCAAAGGCCCCCUGGUGGAAAAUAUACGGCAACACUUCCUGCUAUCUGACCAAUUAGCAAGGGAUUAUGCAGCAAUAGUCUUCUUUGCCAAUAAUCGCUUUGAGACGGGUAAGAAAAAGUUGCAGUAUCUCACCUUCCAAGACUUUGCUUUCUGUGCCGGCCAGCUCAUCAACAACUGGACAGUAGGUGCUGUGGAUAACAUGAUGGAAGACAUGGAUGUAGAUCUGGAUAAGGAAUUUCUUCAAGACCUUAAAGACCUCAAAAUUCUAAUCACAGACAAGGAUCUUUUAGAUCAACACAAAAGUUUAGUGUGCACCGCUCUGCGGGGAAAAACUAAUGUCUUCACUGAGAUGGAAGCCAAUUUUAAGAAUCUCUCACGAGGCCUUGUUAAUAUCGCUGCCAAAUUAAUCAACGCAAAAGAUGUCCGUGAUUUCUUCAUUGACCUUGUGGAAAAGUUUAUUGAACCUUGUCGAUCGGACAAAUGGACAUCAACAGACACAAACCUCUUCCUUACCCAUUAUACUAACUCGGCACAUAUACUCGACACCUUCAAGCAUCAUGCUGUUUGGACUAGAUACAUGGGAGUAAUUAAAAGUUGCAUCCUUAGAAUGUACCACGAGUGAAGAAUUUCCAUUUACACAAUUCCUCUCCUUUUCUUUCUUUUCUCCUCAUCGGCAGACAUACGAUAUCUUCUGGCCCGAUGUUUAAUUCCCCUGUUUUUUAUUUUCUUUCUUUAAUCCAUUCCCAAAUAUGUCCCCCCACCAGCUGUCCAUCUCUUCACCUCCCUACCCUUUUCCUUCAUCUGUGCUUCAUUCUUUCACCCCUUGGCCUCCAGAAGUGUAUGACUUGUAAAUAAACACAGCAUGCUUUCAACAGA